AGAACGUUAGGUUAUGGAAGGGGGGACAUAGGUGUCUUCAGGCUUAUGUUGCUGGUGAACUCCUCACUCUACUGUCUGUCCCUGUCUCUCUGCUUACCUCCUAGCUCCUCUAAUUUCUUUCCCACUUCCUUCUGUCCCUUUUCUGUCCUUCUCUAGACUGGGUUACGCUGGAGGAAGAGGAGGGUUAAACCAUGGCUCUCUUACUCCUCCCCAUUCCUCCUAGGGGCCUUGCAACCACUCUGGGCAGCUGUGUGAAGCCAAUCUGGGCAGGCCUCCCCUCCCUGCAGACUUCCAGAGCCCCACAGCAAGCCCCAGCUUCAGCUCCAGGCUCUCCAAGUGCCUUCUUGUUCCUGUCUGCUUUCUUAUCCACCAGGUUUCUGUUUCCCUUCCUGGGCUUUUGGGGGUCGGGUGUGGGAGGGUCUGUGUCUUAUGGGCCUCACAGAGAUGUUCAGUGCUUGGGAUCGCCGGGACCCACCCCCAGAGCAAGGAGCAGCUGCAGAGCUCCAGGGCUUCGGUGUGGACAAGACCUUCCUGUCUUCUUUCAAAGGCAUCCUGCUGGAAACUGAGCUGGUUCUGACCUUCAUCAUCUUCAUCUGCUUCACGGCCUCCAUCUCGGCCUAUAUGGCCGCAGUGAUGCUAGAGUUCUUCGUCACCCUCGCCUUCCUCUUCCUCUAUGCCACCCACUACUACCAGCGCUUCGAUCGGCUUAACUGGCCUUGUCUGGACUUCCUCCGCUGUGUCAGCGCCAUCAUCAUCUUCCUGGUUGUCUCCUUUGCUGCUGUGACCUCAAGGGAGGGAGCUGCCAUUGCUGCUUUUGUUUUUGGAAUCAUUUUGGUUUCUGUCUUUGCUUAUGAUGCUUUCAAGAUCUACCGGACUGAGCUGGUGCCCAGGGCCACCCAGGGGGACCAGCAGUGAUUCCAAGGUUACCUGGCUCCCAAGACCAGAUGUUUUUCCUUUGGAUUCGCUGGACUUUGGUGCCCAUCACCUACCCCAUGCCUACAGAGAUGUGUGCUUGAGGAAUCACUGGGGACAUAUCUGUGGAAACUGGUGUUGUGGGGGUUUGUACUUGAUGAAGUUCUAGGGACUGGGUGUAGGUUGCUGUGCCCCAAGUCAUUCCCAAAUUAAAACAUU